AAUUACUUAAAUAUAUGGCAAAAUGAAUGGCAAGAAUCUAUAAAAGGAAGAGAAACCCAUAAUUACAUACCCAACAUUCAAGAGAAAUUAAAAUUGAAACUAUGGCUCCCAAAUAGAGGGACCACGCAAAGUAUCACAAAUCAAGGUCUAUUUAAAAGCUAUUCUUACAAAAUUGCGCCCUGGCUGAAAGCGUGCAAGAGGACCGAUCCGAAUCUUAGCAAGUGCUUAAACGAGAUGUUUGUUCAGAUGUUCCCGCAGCUAGCAAAAGGUAUCCCACAAGCGAAUAUUUCCCCAUUCGAACCGCUAUACCUCGACAGUGUUUCGGUGAGUAAAGGAUCAGGACCGAUCACUUUAGCCGGUAGCUUUAUAAAUCUCACCGUAGUAGGGCCUUCCAACGCAACGCCAACCUUUACAAGCAUGGACAUUCCCAACAGGAAGAUGCACUCCGGCAUAUUUUUCCCAUUACUCGAUAUUAAAGCGCGAUAUAAUCUUAAGGGUAACAUACUGGUCCUUCCACUGGUCGGCCACGGAACGAGCGACUUGAAGCUAAUAAAAGUCGAUACCAAUGUGCUUAGCGAUCUAAGUUUCCCAAAGGUCGAAGGUCGCGAGAUACUCCAAAUAGAUCAUAUGAAUGUGAACUUUAAAGUAGGAGGGAUGCGGGUGAACUUGCGUAAUUUAUUUAACGGGAAUGAAGUACUGGGACAGACAUUAAACUCCUUUCUGAAUCAAAAUUCCAAUGAAAUCAUUACCGACCUCAGCGAAAGCAUUGGACAAAGUUUAGGCGAUAUUUUGAAGGAGUUAAUGAAUGAAGUGUUUAGCAAAAUUCCGACGGACUUGUGGCUGUUGGAAGAUGACGAGGAACCUUCGUCGCAGAUUCAAGAAAUUUAGAUUUUAUUAGAGAUUAGUUAAAUUAUUUACGAUUACACCGUACUGAGUAGGUACUACUAGCAAUGACUGAGCUUAUAUUUGGGCUCAUCAGAGGAUACGUUUUCAAAAGUGUUUGUUAUCUUAGGGGUUAAUUUCUUAGUUAUAAUACACCCGUUAUUUAGGCGAUUAUUACACGUCUUCAGUUUAGGUGCACAAUAACGAAGCAGUGAAAUUUUAACAAGAAAUUAUAGAAAUCGCAGUUUACAGAAGACCGAUUUUACUGGCUAUCAUUACUAGUAAACUACAGAAAUCAGUCAUUCACUUUUUACCCUGCGGCAACGGGCAAAGCGAAAUCUAGCAAUUAACUCCAGUCGAUGUGGAUUCAAAAUAUCAUUUUUAGAAGUUUUCUUUCCUCACACGAUUACGAAAUUGGCUGUACUUGCAUCAGAUCUUCAAACCAAUUGUUUAAAGAAUUUGAAUUGUUCUCUGCAUGUGGGUUAAGUAGGUAUAUCAUAACACCACAUAUAAGUUAUUAUUAUUUAAAUUCAGUACUUUCUCUGAUGAGGUAAUAAGUCAAGUAGAAUGUACCUAUACAACUAUGUAGCACGAAACGUUCAAAAUAAAGAUGAAUACCUAUG